CCUUCACCCCCUCUAACUCCCAUCAUCACGACGAAAGUUUAGGUUCAAAGUCUGGGUCCAAAAUUAUUUAAUUAGUUAGUUCUUUUCAUCGUUUAUUUAGUUUUUGUUUAGAAAUACAACUUUCCAACAUGUCGAACAGUAAAAUAUUUAGUGCACUUAAGAUCCUGAGGACCCGUAAGGAUCUUAAAUAUUUAGCUGGUUCACACAUCAGAACCUAUGCUGCUGCAGGGAGUCAGGUGCACACCAAAUGCAAAAAUGUCAAUGGCAUUUAUGUGGUCACUCUUGAUUCACCUAAUACAAAGGUGAAUUCCUUAAACACUGCUGUUAUGGAAGAGGUAAAUGGGGUGUUAAAUGAAAUUGAAUCCAACCCCUCAAUUCAAGCAGCAGUAUUAAUCUCAGGCAAGCCAGGAUGUUUCAUCGCUGGAGCUGACAUCACCAUGUUGGAAGCCUGCAAAACCAAAGACGAAUUUGUCACCUUGUCUAAAAGAGGACAUGAGAUUUUCCAUAGAAUAGAGAAGUCACGCAAACCUAUCAUUGCUGCUAUCCAGGGCAGCUGUUUGGGUGGAGGUUUAGAGACUGCUCUCGCCUGCCAUUAUCGUAUUGCUGUUAAGGAUCCUAAGACUGGAUUUGGUCUUCCUGAAGUUAUGUUAGGAUUACUGCCUGGAGGUGGUGGCACACAAAGAAUGCCAGUACUUACAUCCAUACCUACAACUUUGGACCUAGCGCUCACUGGGAAGACUGUAAAAGCCGAUAAAGCCAAGAAGUUGGGAAUUGUUGAUUUGUUAGUUUCCCCUCUUGGUCCAGGCUUAUCCAAACCAGAAGAGAGCACCAUGAGAUAUUUAGAGGAAGUAGCAAUUCAAAUCGCAAGAGACAUUGCAAAUGGCAAGAUGAAAGUAGACAGGUCAAAGAAGGGAUUAGUUGAGAAAAUCACUGCCAGUGUGAUGCAAUGGGACAUGGUUAAGAACAUGAUCUUCAACAAAGCCAAGGAACAGGUUAUGAAGGCUUCCCGUGGUCUUUAUCCAGCACCUUUGAAAAUUCUUGAUGUAGUAAGAACUGGUGUUGACAAAGGCCCCAAAGAAGGCUAUGAAGCUGAAGCCCAAGGAUUCGGUGAGCUCGCCGUCACGACACAGAGCAGAGGUCUGAUUGGACUCUUCAGAGGACAAACCGAGUGCAAGAAGAACAGGUUUGGCAAGUCCAAAGUUGAUGUCAAAACCAUUGGUGUCCUCGGCGCUGGUCUGAUGGGCGCCGGUAUUGUGCAAGUGUCAAUCAACAAGGGUUACCAUGUGGUCAUGAAGGAUGCUACAAACCCUGGCCUCUUCAGGGGUGUGGGCCAGAUCCAAACUGGACUUGCUAAUGGUGUUAAGAGGAAGAGGAUCACUGGCUUGCAGAGGGACAAAUACUUGUCAAACCUUCUGCCAACCCUAGAUUACGCUAAGAUGAAGAACUGUGACUGCGUCAUUGAGGCUGUAUUCGAGGACUUGAGCGUGAAGCACAAGGUCAUCAAGGAGUUGGAAGCUGUUAUUCCUAAACACGCGAUCCUUGCUACCAACACUAGUGCCAUUCCUAUUACGAAGAUCGCCGCCGGCAGCACCCGUCCCGACAAGGUUAUUGGUAUGCACUACUUCUCCCCUGUGGACAAGAUGCAGUUGUUGGAGAUCAUCCGUCACCCGGGCACGAGUGACGACACAGCCGCGGCCGCAGUCGGCGUAGGUCUGAAACAGGGCAAGGUUGUCAUCACUGUAGGCGAUGGCCCCGGAUUCUAUACCACCAGGAUUCUUUCCACCAUGUUGAGCGAAGCCGUCAGAUUGCUGCAAGAAGGCGUCGACCCCAAAACUCUGGACAGUCUCACGAAGAACUUCGGAUUCCCAGUGGGAGCUGUCACAUUGGCUGACGAAGUCGGCAUUGACGUCGGCUCGCACAUUGCUGUUGAUUUGGCCAAGGCUUUCGGUGACCGCUUCAGCGGUGGUAAUUUGGAAGUCAUGCCCGACUUUGUCAAGGCUGGAUUCCUUGGCAGGAAGUCAGGCAAGGGCUUCUACUUAUACGAAAAAGGCUCGAAGAGCAAGGAAGUGAACCAGGAGGCCGUCAACAUUCUGAAGGAGAGGUACCCGUUGGAAGCUCGUGGCGCCAACACUCCUGAGGACCAGCAACUGCGGAUGGUGUCUAGAUUUGUGAACGAAGCUGUACUCUCACUGGAAGAGAAGAUCCUGCACAGCCCUCUAGAAGGCGAUGUUGGUGCUGUCUUCGGUCUUGGAUUCCCGCCAUUCACCGGUGGACCUUUCAGGUGGGUGGAUCAAUAUGGUGCUGAUAAACUGGUCAAGAAGAUGGAGGAGUUCCAUGGUCUGUAUGGAGCACCCUUCAAGCCCGCUCAAACACUUGUAGACAUGGCCAGGGAUGGCUCGAAAUUCUACAAAAACUAAACUGUACCAAAAUUUUGUUGAAUAUUGUGUAACUCAUGCAUAAAAUCAUGUCCCCUAUCUAUGUUAUCUAUGUGGCUGUCUAUAUAUCCAAUUGGUUCAUUUUAUAUGUAUUUUAAGAUUGAAUUAGUGAUGUAUGUAAGUGUUUCGACAACAACCAUGUGCAAUUCUGCAAUUUGAUAUUCAUUUUGUUUUGUGUGGAUAUUUAUAAAUCAUUUUCAUUCAUAAGAUUAAGUGCAUAUUAAUUUUAGUAAGUAUAUAUAGAGUUGUAGGAAAUCAAAAUCGUACAUUUUGAUUAAAUGAGAGUUUUAUCGGUGUAUAAUAUAAUGAAUGUUGAAAUCCUGAUAGAGAUUGCUUGAAAAUUACUAAACUGCCUUUCGUAUUGUUAUGUAUGUACACAUAGAAGGAUGUUAACUUAAUAAAUUAUUUUAUAUCA